AGUAGGUGCCCGACCCCAACGGUGUUCAUAAACACGGACCGAUCCGUGCGAAGGGCUGGACAGGUGGUCGAGGAGAGCAGGCGAAGCGCAGGAUGUGGCCGUUGGUGUUGCUGCUGGCGGGUCUCGUGGCGGGGGAGGCGGGGAUCCCCCCGCACGAGGACGUGGCCCGGGUCGCUCGCUUCGUGGUGCACGGCUGCGACUGGGGCGCGCUAGCCACGCUCUCCGCGCAGGAUCCGCCGAUGCGGGGCCAGCCCUUCGCCAACGUCUUUUCGGUCAGCGACGGGCCGUCGGGGUCGCGAGGCAGCGGGGUGCCCUACAUGUACCUGACGCCGCUUGAGGUCUCCGUGCGGGACUUGCAGAUGAAUGCAAAUGCCUCCCUGACCAUGUCCUUAGCGCAGACGCCUUACUGCAAGAAGCAAGGCUAUGAUCCUCAGAAUCCUCUCUGUGCCCAUGUGAUCUUCUCUGGAAUAGUUGAGAAGGUUCAGAAUGGUACCGAAGCAGACUUUGCGAAGGCAGCCCUGUUCAGCAGACAUCCUGAAAUGGAAAGCUGGCCACGAGGUCACAACUGGUUCUUUGCCAAACUCAACAUCACCAGUAUCUGGGUGCUGGACUACUUUGGUGGAAUCAAAACUGUGACCCCUCAAGAAUAUUUUAACGCCGUACCCUAAGUGAGGAAGAUUUUUGGAUGAAAUCCACAUCCAUUGACCCUUUUAUCGGUCACUCUCGUAACAAGAAAACAUGGACACUGCUAGAACUGAGAUAACGUUGCACAAUCCCAAAUGUGCAUAUUCCUUUAAAAUCCCGAUUGCUUAAACUGACCCAGUUUUUAUGUAAUGAGCAACCAUCAUGGUUGAAUUUCCCUGUGGAGUUUCUUGUUACACUGGCCGUCACCAGUUUGAAUAUUCAAGUCAUGGUGGGGGUAUACUGUAGCUUGUUGUUACGUGCAAACUUAGUGAGAGUGGGUUGUUGAGGUGAUUAGCAAGCCACCCACAACCCUAAAACAGCCAAUGGUUUCUGGCUGGCUUGUCAACCAUCCCAUCAACCCACCCUCGCCAGGUUCACACAUAAUGACAAGCACACACCCUCUGUGGCUCAAAUAUUCAAAAUGGCGGUGGCUGCCGCAAUGACAUAUCCCACAGGGAAGUUCACUUAUGGUGGCUUCUUAAGUGUGAACCAAGUCACUGUGUGUGCUUUUAAAAUCAGGAAUCCAUUCCAAGUAAACUUAAUUCUGUGCGCAAAAUAUUUUAGAGUAUGCAAACCUGCACCAUUCAUUCUGCUUUUAGACUUGGCUUUUUAAUGAAUAUGUACUAUUUCCCAGCAAACUUACACUGAGAAAAAUACAGCUUUACAGGUACAUCCCUAAAAUGAAGGUAGAAUAAAAAAAUCAGAGGAGAAAGAAGGGGGGAAACAAUGUCAAAUUUUGAACUUGACUUGAAGAAAUAUCCCGAAAUGUUCAAAUAUAUUGCAUAUCCUGUCUUUGAUCCAUAGACUGAUGCAGUUUGAAUCCAGUUUAUGCUGCCCCAUCAGCCAUUGGGUAAUUACCAUCACAGCUGUCUCUGCUGACAGAGAUGUGCCUGCAGCCCUGGUCCAGCUAGGAUCAACCUAUGUGCGCAUGCAAAUGACACCGCCAGGCAAGGCAACAUGCCCUGGGGAAACUGAGAGGCAAGCAAGAUGCGGCAGGGGCAGUUUGGUGUACAAAGGAUGGGACUAGAAUCUGAUCUUAACAGCAAGGUGGGCACAUGAGGAGGGACACUGUGCUCUCUUUCGGCCCAUUGCUUACCUCUUUCUAAAGCACUCUCUUAAAGUGCUUUUUGCUCAGUAGGGCUUGCUGUUUGUAUUGGGCUUAGCAGAGGAGAGGGGAUCCCAGGGUACAGGCCACAGGGAGGUGGGUCAUGGGUAGGAGGAGAAUCCUCUCAUCCUCAGCCAGGUGCCCCCUUUAUUGUUAAAACUGGACUUCCCCAAUCCCUGCUUUCGACAUGAUUAGGGCUACCCGAAUCAUGGUAGCUCUGUGUAUAGAAGUGAUAGUGGCAGUUUCAUGCAUUUAAUUUGGCCCUAAGACUAUAUUUAUUUAUUACAUUUCUGUACCACCCAAUAGCCAAAGUGCUCUGGGCAGUUCCCCAAACAAGUCUUAAAACCAGAAGAUACAAUAGCAUAAUAAAACACGAUAUAAAACCAUUGAGAAAUUUAAAAUGGAAUAAAAGUAAACACCAAAGUAAAAGACAGCAGCAUUGCAAGGAUCUUAAAACACCCUAACACAAUUCUUUUUAAAAAACUGAACAGCUAAAAAGCCGAUAUGAGAGAACUGCCAGCUUAAGAAUAUGCAUCACUAUGCCUUGUUUGCCUCUUCUGUCUACAAUUCCAUCCUAGAUCAUUAUUUUAAAUAUCAACUAAGUUUCCAGAGGCUGAAACCAGAAGUUGAAGUGAUAUGCAAACCCAGGGUAAUGAACAUAAGAACAUAAGAAGAGCUAGCUAUCUUUGAGAGUCUUUUGUUAAUGCCACAAAAUCAAUAUGCAGUAUUGACUCUGAAACCCUUUGUCUUACCUUGAAGUGGGUUGGAAGAAUCCUUUAGGACAAUCCUUUAUAUGUCUUCUCAGAAGUAAGCUGCAUUUAGACCAAAAGGAAGCCUUUCACUGGUAACUGUUCCGAGUGCCUUGGAUCAAUAGGUGUGCCUUAGUUAUAAACAUGUUUACUUGGAAGUAAAUUUUAUUGAUUAAUAGAAGCAGCGUUACCUACCUCUAUAGAUGCCCAAAAUGACGUACACAUUUUUAUCUUGACAGAUUGCAGAAUUGUGUUUGCAAAUGGAAAUAAACUAUUCUUAGAAUGAAGUUGCUCUUUCUUACUACAUAGGUUGUCUUUAAUAUGGGCUAGGAUAUGGGCAAAAUUUCUAUCAGAGCAAAUGAUCUGAAGGCUUGCAAUCUUUUUAUAAAGCUGAAAUGCACAGCAUACUUGAAAAAUCAGACUUCAUGUUGCCAGCCACGUGUUUUUUAAAAAUGAUUUCCAUUAUUUUAUUGUGAGGCUGACAUCUGUUGAAAAUGAAUAUAUAAUAAAAUCUGUUGAGUUUU